CUUCAUUGCACAAUGAUUUUUGUAUUUACAUCACCUGAUCAAGAUUUGAAAUUACCUUAGCAAUGAAAGUUAACUAACAGCUGGCCAGUCAUAUUACUGUAAUUAUUUACACAUCUUGUACUUUCAAAACUUGAUUUAAUUUUUUCAAGUUGCCUAAAGCAAACAUUUGUUUUUCCAGUUGACGAGUUGAAUUUCGUGUUAUUACCUUGUGAAUUUCUCAGUAUUCAAAAUGACAUUUCUACUUGCAGGAAGGUUAAGAAAAGUGAAUAAUAUGCUAAGCUAUGGCUUGCCUAUUUUUCGAAGGACUGUGGGUUAUGAGACGGCAGACAGGUGGACCAACAUAAUAGGCGACAGAGACAUUGUUGGCUUUGGAAAGGAUGGCUCGCCGGCCUAUUUUGAUGAACCUUCCUUUCCCUGUCCAGCUAUCAGAUUUCAACGCAAUAAUCCUUUCAUGCAGGCAUUGCGUGAAAAGGAAAAGUGUGAUUGGCGAAAUCUGAGCUAUGAUGAGAAGAGAUGCCUGUACCGUGCAAGUUUCUGUCAAACGUACUCUGAGAUGCUGGCCAGCACCGGCGAGUGGAAGCUGAUUCUCGGCUGGAGCCUCAUCUGGACAUCAGUCGCACUUUGGCUCUUCAUGGCACUCAGAUAUUUCUGUGCCCCUCCCUGGCCAAAGAGUGUAACAGAUUACGAAUAUGUCCGGGCGCAGGUGAAGCGAGCCAUAGACAUGGAGUACGGGGUCAUUGAUGGAAUGUCAUCUCAUUGGGACUAUGAGAAAGAAUGCUGGAAACCAGGCUACUCUAAUAAGUACUACUCUGGAGAACCUAAAAAAGAUGAGAAAGGGGAGUCCAAAUCUCAAUGAUAAUAUAAAUGAGAGAAUUGAAUUCUGUUGAAAAUACCAGCUAUUCUGAAUAUUCCGUUUUCUCUCGUUCAAAAUAUUUGGAACGAACAGUAUAUACUGUUAUUUUUUAUAAUAACAUAGACAAAUUUUUAAUUGGAUAUAUUGUCUAUUAUUUGAACAAAGUUUAUGUUAUGUUUGAAGUAAAUUCAGUAUUAAUGGAAAUCAAUAAAUAGAAAUACCUUGCUG